GGAGUUCAUGCCACUAGACGGGAAGAGUUUCUCCUGCUGCCGAGUUGACAGCUCCAGGGUUUACAAUGGUUGAUACAGAAAUGCCGUUUUGGCCCAUGAACUUUGGAAUUAGCCCAGUAGACUUCUCUGGGAUGGAUGAGCACUCGCAUUCCUUCGAUAUAAAGCCUUUCACUACAGUUGAUUUUUCAAGCCUUUCUUCACAACAUUAUGAAGACCUUCCUCCUCUCACAAGAACUGACCAGAUGGCUGUUGAUUAUAAAUAUGACGUGAAGUUUCAAGAAUGCCAAAAUGAAAUCAAGAUGGAGCCUCCAUCUCCGCCAUACUUCUCAGAAAAAGUGCAGAUGUACAAUAAACCUCAUGAAGAGACCUCCAAUUCUCUAAUGGCUAUUGAAUGCAGGGUUUGCGGAGACAAAGCGUCAGGAUUCCAUUACGGAGUGCAUGCAUGUGAAGGCUGCAAGGGUUUCUUUCGCAGAACAAUCCGGCUAAAGUUAAUCUAUGAUCGGUGUGAUCUCAACUGUCGCAUUCAUAAGAAAAGCAGAAAUAAAUGUCAGUACUGCAGAUUCCAGAAAUGCCUUGCAGUUGGAAUGUCACAUAAUGCUAUCAGGUUUGGGAGAAUGCCACAGGCUGAGAAGGAGAAGCUCUUGGCGGAGAUUUCAAGUGAUAUCGACCAGCUAAAUCCCGAGUCUGCUGACCUGCGGGCCCUUGCCAAGCUCCUGUAUGAUUCAUACAUAAAAUCCUUCCCGCUAACCAAAGCCAAGGCAAGGGCAAUCUUGACAGGAAAGGCAACAGACAAAUCGUCUGAAGCAGCAAAGCUCUGUGCCCACCAAUGACCCUAAAAGUUGCUGAAUGAGGACACUGCACUGAACUUAACUGUUUCCCUUUUGAACAUUCCUGCCACAAAAGGUGAGGAAACUCUUUUUCAUCACCCUUUUACUAAUUACCAAAAACAAGCAAUACAGGUUUUUUUUUUGUAGUGACUUGUGAUACCUCCCUGUUCUGCAUGGGUGUUGCUGUUUGGCUAUACAAGCAGCGGCACUAACAAACUGACCACCGGAAACAUGAUUCUGAAGCCAAUGUAAAGUAUUAAAUGAUUCUAAGUGGGCAAUGGGAAGGAUUAAGGAAAUCAGAAUUAAAGCACAUAACGAAACAUUUUUGUAUAUAACAUCUACUGCUGUGUGUGACUUUACUGUAUUAUAAAACAUGGCAGCAUUACAAUCCACAUUAUGACACUAUAAAACCAUUUUAGGCUUAUAUAGAAUCUUGUGCAUUUCAUUGCCCUCUUCCUUUGUUUUACAGAGUCAGUUAUGUAAAUUUAUGCACAGAAUUGGCCCUAAACAUGUAUGAGCAUGUCAUUACAUUUUAUUGUGCUGUUGUGUAUUGGACAACAACAGACAUUGCAGACUCCUUCGCAACUUCGGAGGAUUCAGAUGUAAGGGAUUGUAAAUCAGUAUGAGUGGUAGGUUCUUCUUAUCUAGAUUGCAUCUGAAUUACAUCUGAUUCCUUAUAUAGUUGGCACAUCCAAAUAAAGUUAAGCACUUUCUAUGUACCAUGGAAUAGGGACAGGGAAGAAAUUCUGUUUGGUUCACAUUUUAAUACGGUAUACCCACAAUUUAUAUACAUUUAAUUUGCGCACUUUCAGCUUUACAUGCUUACAUGCAACAAGAACAACCCCAGGCAUCCAGGGAAAAUCCCACCCAAAAUGUUUUGACUAUGUGUAAUUUUGGCUUUAGGCUUGAUCCCUGGAACAUAACCCCUUUGUAAAUUGAGGGCUUCACACUUCCAGAAAGCAUGUUGUACACAAAUGAUUUGUAUGAAAAAGUGGACGUUGGUUGAAAUUGUACAUCAAAAUGUAUGCAUUAGUGAAAAUAACAUAGAAAAGUGAAAAUCAUUGCAAAAACAUGUAUAUUGGGCAAAAUGCACACUAAUAUGCUGAAGAUAUUUUUGUUGGGACUAUUUUUAGCAAAAUUAAAAUAAACUGAUACAUAAAUGUAACACACCAGAUUUAGGACUGGGAAAAUGACAAACUGAGAGAACCCCAAACUUGGCUUAUUUGUACCUCCGAAUCAAUGGGAGAAUUAUCAUGAGAUUAAAUCUUCCUGCUUGAAAUUGUUGGGAUUUAUUGGUGCCUAACAGUGACUGCAUUCUGCCCCUUGCAUAGCAAUUCAAUCUAUGCCUCAUAUAAUCUGAUUGUGGCAGACACCAGACCAGGAACACCAGCUCCUGGGGGCAAAGCCCUUUGGGGGGCUCGUUUCUGCCCCCCCACCCCCAGAUAAAUACUGGCUACUCCCAUGGAUACUUGACGUUGCAUCAAAGGAGUGUCACAAUUAGUGAUGCAUACCUUGAAUAUUAGUUGAUACUCUUCUUUCUUUCCCAUCUUAAAAAUUAUUUAUUUUCAGCUCAGAAAACCUUUCCACACUGUUCCUAAGGAAAUAGUUUGACAACUGGAGCCCAAGUACAGUAGUCAAUUUUGAGGAACAGUUGUUACAUCCCUAAUAGCCCUAGUUAUUUUUGCAAAAUUUGCAAAAGCUUUCAGGGUUUGGUUUGCCCAAGUGAUCUUGUGUUUGGUGAGCUAAGGUGAGCUAGUUAAUUUGGAGCAUGUAAGUGACUUUGUGAUGUUUGGACAUGAUGCUAAUGCACUGCUUAUGCAAUUUAUAUGGGGUGGGCUCAUGUGAUCUUGUUUGUCUCUGAACAUUGAAGAACCUGCCACCAGGGUAGAAUUUACCAGCAUAAAACUAUAAAUGAAAAGACAACCCCCUGUAAAAUGGUCUUUCUCAAGCACACUUUAAAAGCACUAUAGUAAGAAUAAAUGCGCUCAUUCAGUAAAUAAUGAGUAAAACUUUUAUUAUUAUUUGUACUGUAAUGGACUUUGUGUUCUGAAAACGUCAAAAUGUUUACUAUGGACACAAUUUAAAGUUAUGUUCCUUGUUUUAAUUGUGCCCACAUCUGCGUCACAUGUAAAUGAUUGGUAAUGCUCAAGUAGUUUGUGCAGUCUAAAAUUACUAAGUAACCAGCCUUUCUUUGGAAUGUACUGCUCUCACUGGCUAUGGCAAAAUAAGCUUGCAAGUUACAGAGUCCAUUUCAUUCUCUCCAAUUUGCACUACGUAGUUUGCAUCUUCCUGCUACACCAGCACUGCAUGUUUCCUUACUGAAUUGAAACAUUCAUUUAACAUUUUCUUGGCUAUUGUGAAAUAUCUUUCAUCCAUGCUGCUUAGAACGGAGCAUCUUAUUUAAUAGGUUGCUAACAUUUAUAUCUAUAUCUUCAUCCAAAUAACAGAGCAGUGAAUAGGAACAGAUGUCAUUAAUGAUACGUUGCUUGAGAAUAAUUCUGUAUAAGAGAAUAAUUCUGUAUAAGAAAGCAUCGUGUAAAUGCCUUGGUUUUUAAAUAGUUACUUGAAAGUCCAGAUUAAUUAGUGUGGUGCGGGCAUUGCAGCUGUGCCUUCUCUUUACCAUUUGUAACUGUAAGCCCAGUAUAUUAUAAUGGAACAAAUGAGUUCUACAUAUCCAUGUUCUUUAUUUGAGUAUCACAAAUAUAAUGUAAAAUAGCCAUCUUUGAUCAGAUACCACGGAAUGUACCUGGUUUAACCUCAGGCACAAUAAUUUUUCAGCGGUGGUUGAAAAACCACAAUUAUUCUUAAUGAAUAUAUUCAGAAUACUGUAAUUGCAUUGUACUGCAGUGUUAAGUAAGUCUAUGGAAACCCAGAUUUAAAGUUUCCCAUGCCUAAUGUUUCAAACAUAUCAGUACUUCGGAAUACUAAAUUCCUCUGUGCAUUUAGGAUCAGUGGUUUAGGAUGCAACCCUAUGUGGAAGAUCCACAAGCUACAAGGGCUGUAUGAAUCUGUGAAAGACCCCCCAACACCAGCAGAAUAUUCAAUAUACUGCUGGCAUGAUGGAUAAGAAUAAGUCUUGAAGUGCUUUAGUUUAGAGAGCUGAAGGUGAUAUUUAGAAAAUCAAUGAGGUGUCUCUGCUUGCAGAAUCUUCAUACUUUCCAAGGUGCAGCGAAAUUUAUUUACAGGGAACUGAAUUUAAAAAAUGUCCCGUAACCAAGGAAAUGAGGUAUAGUAUUUCUCAGAUCCAAAAAUGAAAUAUAUAAAUAUCAGUGUAACUGUCCUAACAAAAAGUCCCUGGCCAUUGCGACUGAUGAGAGUUGUCAUCCAACAACAUCUGAAGCAAUAUGUUGGCUAUACAUGAUGCACAUUUUAAGUGCAUUUAGAACAGUUAUGUACUGCGUAACUGAUCACAUUUAUCCUCAGUUAUCUAAAAUGCAAUUAUUUCUAUAACCUUGCAGUUGUUGCAUUUGGGUUGAAAUGAACUAUUUUGAGGUAGCUCUCAUUUUCAACUGAGAUAAUUGGGUCCAGUCUCAUCCGUAGUAGUUUCCUAGCUGUUGUUACUAGACUUUGACGCCACUGUGAAUUUGCAGUUUCUAUGCUUUGUAAUGUGUGUUUCUAGGGAAAGCACUUGAUGUAUGGCAAGUUAUAAAUCCUGGCUUUAAGGACUGUUAGUUUCUUAAUGAUCAUUCUGGAUUCUUGUAAAAAUAUUAUUUUAUCAGGCUAAAGUAAAAAAAAAAUCAACAAUAAUGUGUUCCCAAAAUGAUUUUUAAAAAUGUUCUUAGUCUGUUUACUUCUUUUCUUGAAAUUGAAGUUUAUCUUAAAUUAUGACUUUGUUUAGGGGAGCAAAAAUCACUUUGUUCGCAUGGAGCAAUUUGUAAAGCAGCCUACCUCCAGAAACCUAGUUUCUUUGCAAGCAUGGGAAAAUGUCAUGGCCUGAUUUGCUCACUUGCAGAUGGUUUAAGCAUCCUAACCCUCUUUGCUUUCAUUGCUCUCUGAGGCUUUUGGCUCCUAAAAUUACUCCCCUAAGUAUGCCAGUGGAAUACAUACUCACUCCCUGUCAACUUCUUUCUGUUCUUAAACCAUGAUUCAUCCUUCCUAAUUUCCAUGUACAGUUUCAGUAGCACAGUGUGCUUUAUGUAGGAAGGAAGCCUGACAGUCAGCUGUAUUUUCCU